AUGAGCCAAUUGGUUACCUGGGAUUUCCUUGUCCCAGGAACUGAAAUUAUGUGGCACUGCCCUGUUGUAAACUGAGCCUUUUGCCUCGUUCUAUAGACCAUCUUGUGCAGAAUACCCAGUGCAAUCAUCAUGGGACAACAGGCAUCCUAGGUUGGAGUUUAGUAGAUGUUUGAAACUAUUUGAAACAACAAACAGAAUCUCUGCCUUACUGGGAGACAUAGAAGUGCAAGAGCUUGGUCCUUGUUCUUUCUUGCAUUAGAAUCUCUCAAGAAAGUAUCCCUCUCAGGAGCUUAUCAGGAGAUGGUGGUACUAUCAAAUGCAAAACAGCAGCAUCCCAUGUAAUGACGAUAGGAGGAAAUACAGCUGUGCUGCAUCGCAUCAGUGUUAACAGUGUACUACUAUUGAGAAGCACAUGAGCCGACCGGCCAACAACUGCUUUGAUGAAUCUGUGUGGUAGUUUGUUCGCCGCAGGCUUAGCAUGCUUGACGGAGCAUUACUGAUAAUGAUCGCGGGGGCAUCGCUGUCUAAUGGGGCCAAGAAGCUCAGCUAAGUUGGGCCACAGUGUGUGGCUGCAUUAUUGUGCUUGUUUGCCCGUGCCUAUCGGAUUCCUUGUACUUAUGACAAGACAGUUUAUCGUCAUUUCUUACCACAUGGUGCUAUGCUUGUUAAUGACUUUUGUUCUAUUACGCCACGAUUCUGAAUCUCGGCAUCUUCAGACUUUUUACCAUGCUAUUGUCACGCUAAAAGAAUGGUCAUUAUGCAGCUGUAGGUAGCAUUGUCUGUCACAGGUGGUGUAUAACUGGAGAUGCAGUGUCUUGCCAUCCUGGAACUGGUUGCAAGCUGUGGCCAUCCUUGUCACGAAGGUUUGUCUGAUGUGGUGUGCUCUUUGCCAUCUCAAUCUGUAGAACAUGUGAAAGAUAUGUCGAAAUAUUGUGGUGCAAAGUCUUGGUACGCCUCCCUUGAAGCUGUUCCUUCUAGGCUUUGUUUUUGUGAUCCAGUUUUGACCGCUGACAGCGAGAGGGAGAGAGCAGCCAUCUACCUCAUGCAAAGCGUGGAAAGAGAAUCCAAUGCCAUGGCCAACACAAAAGGGGCAGCAUUUGAAGAAAAGGGAGCUACCACGGCCAAGAUUGGAUCUAACACCACUCCACCAGCCUUGCUCCAUGGUUUGUCAUUUCAAUUCUCAAUUUGAAAAUCUUAAAAAAGACUUUAAUAGUGAUCAAUGUGAUGUACUGCCUGCAUCUUGGAAGACCACGUCUCCAUGGCCUAGUUGCCGCCCCGCUCAUAUUUUUUAAUCACAAUGUCAGUCAGAUCUAUGACUGUUGCCCCUUCACUGAUCACUAUACCAUGUGCAUGUCUCUUUCCCGGAAAGCGAGGAUGAUUUGGCCUCUGCUUGUUCCGGGGAUAUGGAUUUAGCCAUUCGAUCGAGGUCAGCACUCAAGCUGUAUUUGUUCAUAUG